UUAUUUCACCCAGCAUAAAUUCGCGUUACUUUCCUCAGAUUCAAGUCAAUUGGGUUUUCGAUUUUCCAAUUUCCUUUUCUGUCCUUUUCCACCACCCUUCCCCCCCCCCCUCCUCUUGGAAGAUUAUACUAUUCAAUCAAUAAUUGAAUCCCUUAAUCCCCGAUAUUGGAGUUUACUUGAUAUUAUCAAGAAUAUUCGGUCUCCAGAGCUGGAAUGAUGGUAGCUUUUUGUUCUCGAUCUUGAUCUGAAUUUUGGGCCCUCAGUCAGUGAUACGGUGUUGCGAGAAAAUCUGCCCUAAUUGGAAACUAGUUCUUGAUACUGAUGGAUUUGGAGAGUGAAAAUUCAGCUCUCGAAUCUGUGGAAGAUAAUGAAAAAUUGGUUAAUUCUGAUGCCCUCAAGCUUCGAAGCAAUGGGAAUGGUGUUUUUGAUGACAACGAUAAUGGAAAUGAAGUUGCGGAGGUUUCUGUAAAAUCGCCACCUGGGGUGAUUGCGAAAUCAUCUGCAUCUUUGCCCUCCCCCUCCCUUUCCCCUUCUCCCUCGCCUUCUCCUGGGGGGACGAAAGGUUAUGGGUUGAAGAAAUGGAGAAGGAUCAAGAGGGAUGUGAUUAAGGAUGGGCUUAGUAAUUUGGAUGGUAGUAAGUUGUUGAAACGGGGUUUGCCCAAUUCGGCUGCUAAUCCCAACAGAGCAACGCAAUCUUCUGGUGGUGGGUUGAAGCAAUAUAGCGAAGGUUCUGUUUCGUCCACUAAUGCAACGGCGAGAAGUCCAGGGAACGUGGUUGAUCUUUUUGCUGCAAUUGGUGAUUCAGGGAUUGGAAAUGUCUUAGGUGCUGGGACAGCGGAAUCUGAAAAUAGUGAAGAUCGGAGUAGCAAGUCUUCUACAGCUGCUAGUGCUCCAAUUCCAAAGAUGAUGUAUGAGAUGCCCGCGGGGAAGGGAUUUGCUAGUCACAUCAACAGGAUGAGGAAUUUGAGUGGGAAGAAUUUGGGUAACUCAGGUCAGCGAGUUCAGGCGGGAAAGGUUCGGACUGAAACCAGUAAGAAACUUAGAGGAGAUGUGGUCAAAAUCGAGAAAACAAACUCUCAUUCCAGCAUGGAAUCUGAUUCGCGAAGCUCCAACUUUGUCUUUAUGCAGGGUAUCAAUUUCGCAACCAGUAAUGGGAGGCAAAGUGGAAGAUCAAGGAAUAAUGAUGGAGAAAAUAGUGAUGAAGCUCAGGGUUGCGAGCGGCAACCAAGUGAGGAACUUCCAGGUGAUUCCAGCCGGAAAAAUGGUGGAGAGUUCCAUGAUAAUUUUCAGGAAGAUUUUGCUGCUGAUUCUUCUUGGGGGAUUAAGGAAGAGAGGAGUGAUAAUAAUGGACCCCUAAGUGAUCAAGAUUCUCUCUUUGAGUCUAUUCUUACUCUCCAGUCAGCAGAGGAAGCACUGGAAAAAGAAAUUCAGAAGUUGAGGGAAAUUGGAAAGGAAGAAAGCACCCUUGAUGAUUUGGUUAAGGAUGCCUCCACUGAACAGUUGCAAUUUGGUGAUUUUGGUGAAAAUUUUUUAGAUUCCUCAGAAUCUGAGGUGCUUAGUUUAAAGCAGAGAUUGGAUUUAAUGGAAACCAAGCUUGAUGGUGCAACAGCUUUGCUGAAGGUGAAGGAAGCUAAAAUUGUUGAACUACAAGAAUCCAUCUUAGGUGGUAGGUCACCAAAGGUAGGAACUGGGUGUGCAUUGGAGUUGCAUCAGGAGAGUUACAGAGACAUAAAUAUUGAACUUGAAGGCCUUUUUAAGCAAAAGAUUGAAGCUGAAGUUGAGUAUUUGGUAAUAUCAAGAACAGUGCAAAACCUGCGAGUUGCAGUAGUGGAUCAAAUUACCACUCUUCAAGAACAGAGGAAAGAUCAGGCACGGGUGCUGAACAGGCUUGGAGAUGCUGAGGUUAAGGCUGCAAUGCUUAAGGGAGAAGCCGUGAAACUGGAGAAUUACUGUGAAGAUAUUAUGGCUGCUGAUGAGACUAUCAAACUUAAAAUGAGUAUAUGCAAGUAUGCGUCAUGUUUCUUUAUACAGUUGAUGUUGCUUCUUAUCAUCCUUAUGUUCCUGAUCUUGCAGUUUUCGCCAAGUCAUUCUGAGGUUGUACCUACGUAAGCAAGUUUGUUGCUUUUAUUUUUUGUUUAUUUGGCCCCCCUGGCCUUUUGUAAUAUUCAACUUUGUUAUUAGUAAUUUUAGAAUUUAAAGAAUAGAUCAAACACCUAGGUGUAGUUGCUUGGUUGACUGAUGUUACUUUCAUUUAAUGAGGAAAUUUUCAAGUUCAUUUGGUUUGAUUUAUUCCUGCAGCAAAAUGCAUUGACAUGCUGCAUUUCUGUGCACACUGAUACUAGUUACAAUGAAGCUCUAAGUUUGC